AUGUCUUCGGACAUACCUGGUUUCUAUUAUGAUGCAAUUCAACAACGUUAUUAUCGUAUAUCAUCUCAACCAUCAAAUCCUAUACCGAGUGCUCGUGCUAUCAAUGAACGUGCUCGACAAGAACAACUUAUUACUAAACAACUUGAUUUGAUAAAUUCUCAUCCAAAAAAAUCAUCUCAACGACAUAAAGAAAAAAAACGAUUAAUUAAAACUCGUCUAUCGUUACUUCGUCAACGAGAAUAUGGUCAAACAUCUAUUAAACUCUGUCAUAAUUAUAUUCAAUCGAAUUUUGUCGAAACACUUCCAUCAACAUGUUUUCUUGAUAAUUCAUCAUCAUUUUCUCUUCAAGAUAAUUCACAAUCUUUUGCCAAUUAUGAUAUGACAAUAACAUCUUCCGGUCAAUGUAUUCAAUUAAUAAACUAUAAACUAUAUUUAAAUCUUCUAAAAAAUCCAAUAUAUUCAUAUCAAUUACAAACAAAUCCAGUUGAUGGUUAUCGUUCAUCCUAUUUCAUAGAUUCAUCAUCACCAUUCAUGUCAACAACAUUAUUAAAUGAUGAAAAUCAUGUUAUUAUACGUUUUCUUCAAUUUUCAUCAUUAUCAACUGAUCGUUCAUUACUUAUGUUAUCAAAUAAUCCAUCUGCACCAAAAUAUUAUUAUCAAGAAAAUUGUCAAACUGUUCAAUUAUCAUCUUCAUUAGUAAAUCAUACAUCACCAUUAAUGAUUAAAUGUUCUGGUCCAUGUUGUUAUUCAAAAUCAUUGGAUCAUUUUGCAUUUAAUAUUAAUAAUUAUUUGUAUGUCUAUGAUCUUCAAACAUUUCAAUCAAUUUGUUCAUUACGUAUUCCAAUACGACGUGUGACAUUAAAUGAUAUUAAAUUUUCAUAUGAAAAUUCAAAUAUUAUAUAUACAACAAAUGGACAUCAAUUUCAACAAUGGGAUAUUCGACAAUCGAAUCGUUCAUGUUCCAUAAGAAUUCCAAUACUUUGUUCAACAAUUAAAUGUUUACAAACAAAAUUUAAUUGUAUUCUAACAAGUUCAUUUGAUGAACGAAUUAAUCUUAUUGAUUUACGUAUGCCAACAAAACCUUUACUAACUUACGAUCUAUCAUCAUCAUCAACAACAACAGUAGCACCAAAUAAUCCACAUUUUUCAUUUACAAUUGAUACUGAGACAGAAAAUUUUAUAGCUGCUUGUUCACAGUAUCAUAUUGUUAAUAUAUGGGAAUUGAAUUCAGGUCGAUUAUUAAAUCGUAUAAGAUGUCCUAUACCAGAACGUUUUGUACAUACAUCAGCAAAAUGUUCAAUAGCUUCUGUUGAUAAAAUACCAGUCUUAGGAAUUUAUCAUCCAGAAUAUUGUCGGAUAACCGAAAUGAUAAAUAAAAAAUCGUUUUGUUGA